ACCUUUUUGCCCCACUGUAUAUUGUAUGUAUAUUUCUAUUGACUGUAGGUGGCGUGUAGUAACUGGAAGAGGAUCAUGAUCGUGCUCAGUGAGAGUCUGCUCCAGGAGGGAGUUCCGUACAGGGACCCUCUGGCGGUUCCUCAGGAGAUGGUCCACAACAGCAGCCUCCACUUCACCUUCAACAAGUUCUGGAAACGCUACGGGAAGUUCUCACGACACCUGAUGAAGGUGAAGCUCCAGAAGUACACUAAGUUCCUGUUCGUCAGAGAUCCGUUCGUCCGCCUCAUCUCAGCGUAUCGGAACAAGUUUGAGCAGCCCAACGAGGAGUUCUACCGCCGAUUCGCUCUGCUCAUGCUCCGUCGCUAUGGUAACCACUCUGAACCUCCCGCGGCAGUGGGCGACGUUCCCUGCGGGAAUCCGCCCUCCUUCUCAGAGUUUGUCCAAUACCUACUGGACCCCAAGACGGAGCGACGCCCCUUCAACGAGCACUGGAGACAGGUCUACCGGCUAUGCCACCCCUGUCAAAUACAGUAUGACUUUGUGGGUCAGCUGGAGACGGUUGAGGAGGAUGCUGAACAGCUGCUGAGGGUUUUGAAGGUGGACAACGUGGUUGACUUCCCCCCCUCUCACAGGAACCACACGGCCAGCAGCUGGCAGGAGGACUGGUUCAACAGGGUGCCCCUAGUGGCCAGGAGGGGUCUCUACAGGCUGUAUGAACCAGACUUCAGACUGUUUGGCUACUCCAGACCAGACUCCCUGCUAGACUGACUGACUACAACUACACUC